GCCGCCCAGGCGCCUCCCUCCCUGGGCCGCCGCGGUGAGUCACGACGGAGGAGGCGGCCGCUCUCUCUCGCCUUCUCUCUGCCGCGGCUCCGGAUCAGGCCCCCGCUCCUGCUGUCGCCGCCGCCGCCCGUUCGCCUGCCCCGGGCCGGUCUGGCCCCGCACCCAGGGCACUUUCGUUCCCCUUUUUUUCCAUUUGUGAUCAUUAAUCAGGACUGAGCACUUGGGUUAUCUGAUCUUGUUGUUUUUUUAAAAAAGCAGGUAAGUUGAACUGGGAGGAGGGGAAUGAACCGUGAAGGCGUCCCCGGGAAGAGUCCGGAGGAGAUGUACAUCCAGCAGAAAGUGAGAGUUCUGCUCAUGCUUAGGAAGAUGGGAUCAAAUUUGACUGCCAGUGAAGAGGAAUUCUUGCGGACGUAUGCAGGUGUAGUGAAUAGUCAACUUAGCCAGCUUCCUCAGCACUCUAUUGAUCAGGGUGCUGAGGACGUGGUGAUGGCAUUUUCCAGAUCAGAGACGGAAGACAGAAGGCAGUAAUUAAAGGGUGUCUGAGCAACACAGAGCUGGAGAGGGCAAGGAGAUUCCUGAAGAUAGAGGAUGGCAGAGCAUUAACAAGUUCCUUUGCCCACCCCUAAUUUUCCAUGGCAGCCCUUGCCCUUUUCCUUUUAAUUUUGCUUCCCUUUGCCAACUCUCUGAACACAUCUGACAGCCAUCUGUUCCUAUACACUGUUCCUACUCAUCUGGGCUGUGUUAUCAAGGACGAA